AGUGUCUAUCUGCAGACACCACUGCACAUGACGAUUGCCUAUAAUCAUCCAGAUGUGGUGUCUGUCAUCCUGGAGCAAAAAGCUAAUGCUCUUCAUGCCACCAACAACCUGCAAAUUAUUCCAGACUUCAGCCUCAAGGAUUCCCGAGACCAAACUGUGCUGGGCCUGGCAUUAUGGACUGGCAUGCACACAAUCGCAGCCCAGCUGCCGGGCUCCGGGGCUUGCAUCAGUGACACCAUGUCAGACGGGCAGACCUUGCUGCACAUGGCCACGCAGCGGCAGGACAGCAAGAACCCGCUCUUUCUCCUGGAGCACCAGGCGGACCUAAACGUCAGGACUCAGGAUGGGGAGACGGCUCUUCAGCUGGCCAUCAGAAAUCAGCUUCCCCUUGUCGCGGAUGCCAUAUGCACCCGAGGAGCUGACACGUCUGUGCCAGAUGAGAAGGGGAACCCCCCACUGUGGCUCACGCUGGCAAAUAAUCUGGAGGACGUCGCAUCCACUCUGUGGCUGCGAUGUGAAUAGUCCCAGACAACCUGGUGCUGAUGGAGAAGGAGAGGAAGAGGCCAGAGAUGGGCAGACCCCCUGGCAUUUGGCAGCCUCCUGGGGGCUGCAAGGGACGAUACAGUGUCUUCUGGAGUUUGGUGCCCCUGUAAAUGCACAGGAUGCAGAAGGAAGAGCGCCUGUCCGCGUGGCCGUCAGCAACCAACACGGCGUCAUCAUUCAGCUGCUGAUUUCCCACCCUGACAUCCACCUGCAUGUCCGAGACAGGCAGGGCCUGACCCCCUUUGCCUGUGCCGUGACCUACAAGAACGACAAGGUGGCGAGGCCAUCCUGAAACGAGAGUCCGGGGCUGCCGAGCAGGUGGAUAACAAGGGCCGGAAUUUUCUUCACGUGGCAGUUCAGAACUCUGAUAGCG